CCGCCCUUUUAAGAACCAAUAAGAGCACACAAUAAAUGGCCGAACCUAAAAGCAAAACAGUAUUGGGUUUAGGGUUUUGGCUUACGACAUUUCCAAUUUCCACCGUCUUCAUUCUUUUCUCCACACUAGUUUUAUGAUUAGAGUUGGAGGAUUAUAGUGUUCAGCAUGUAUAGUUUAAAGGGAAGUUGGGUUGGUCAAACAUUUGCCUUAGCUACACCCAAUGAUUCAGGUGCUAAAAAGUCUCGAAUUCGUCGUUCUAAAGAGGAGAGGAAGAAUAUGGUUGAAUCAUUCAUCAAGAGAUACCAGAGUUCAAAUAAUGGGAAUUUUCCAUCUUUGAAUCUGACUCAUAAAGAAGUUGGGGGUUCUUUUUAUACUGUUCGAGAGAUUGUUAGGGAGAUAAUUCAAGAAAACAGGGUUUUGGGUCCUGGACAAAUUGAUUCUGAAGAGCAAAUGGAUGCGAUUGCAGUAAAUCAUCCAUUAGGAACGAUUUCUUCGGAGCCUCAAGGUCGUUUGAUUCAGAAUGCAAUGGAGCUGAAUGUUAUCUCUAGUGAAGGAGAAAACGAAAUUUCGAUGAUGAAUUUAGACACUAAUGGGAAAUAUACCAAGAUUUUCGAUAAGGGUGAUGUUCAAAAUUCGACACAAAAUUCAGAAUUUCAGACUGAUGAUGGGCUGACAUGUGAAUCAACUAGUGAGAAUCUUGUUAUUUCAGAUCAUCAAGAACAGAUGAAUUCGGAGGAAUCUUUGGUGGAGUUUAUGGAGACUGAUGGAAUACCUGAAAAGCCGGUUAAAUUGUUCGCUGAAGAAUCAGAACUAUUGGGUGCGUUUCAUGCGCCCGUAACACUUCCAACGCAGGAAGUAGAAGUUGAAACGUUCCCGUUGAAACCAACAUUCAAGGAAAUUGUUAACAUGAGCAGCAUGCCGACUGACUCUCUUUGUUCUGAUAGGGAUUCAGAGCAUCCGAAAUUCCAAAAGAGUAAAUUAAGCAAUAUCAAUCAGCUCAUGGAUAAAGAUAAAUUCAGUUCGUCUGAAACUUCUGAUGUGGUGACACCUAAGGAAGCAAAUGAUUUUGAAUCUUCAGGAUCCGUUGCACACCCAGAUAUGACAAUAAAACAUGAAGCGGUCAACAAUACGCAGAUCAAUCUCAAAGAUGACUCGGUGGAUAUGCCAUAUUCGAUACCAAUUAAGGAUGAUAAUGCAGUUCUUCAUGAUUGCACGAGUCCAAUAUCAGCUCAUGGUGACACUACAUCAAGAACAUCUGAGCUAAAGAACAUUCAGAUGCAGCCUAAGAACGCCUCAAGGACAGCAAUCUACUUGGAAAAUAGCAGCAGAACAAGCUGCAAAACUGUCAAGGAGCCAACGGUAAUACAUGGAAACGAUUUGAAGAAAGACGAGAAAUUUAUGGCUGGAAGUUCUCCCCCUUUAGAUAGAAUUGACCUAGAAUCGUGGAGGGCAACAAAGCAAGAAAAUAAUCCUCUACUGGCUUUCGUUAAAGCUUGUGUAGACGCCUUUUUCAGGUUCUGGUCUGAAUGAUUAGUUAUUCAUGCUUCUGUAGAAUUUAGUAGCUUGUGUUGUAUUUUUCGGAAUGUGUCAUUUUUUGUGAUUCAGUGUUCAUCGUUAAGAAUGUCGCAAUGUUUUUGACAAGUAUGACUGAUCGAGGGAAUGUGACGACUGACGGGGUUGGCUCCCUUUGAACUUAUGCAUACAUAUGACUGUAUUAGUGAAGAAAAUUGUAUGUUUUAGUGUGGUAUUGUGGGUGGGGUCAUGCGCAAAAGAGGUAAUGUAGCAAACUAUGUAGGACGGAUUAAAAUAGUAUAUGCAGCAAAAUCAGAGCGGCAAAUGAAUUAAGUUUUUGAUGAAAAUU